UGGUCUAGCUUUAUCCUGUCAGCGAAAGCUUCCCGUGCGCGCGCCCCCUUCGCCCUCCUGCCGCGGUAUUGCCGCCGCCGCCGUCCCCCACUCGCAUCCCGCAUGGCGGAGGCCAAGCCCCGUGCCCAAGCUCGGGUCGCCGCUCCCGCGUGGGCGCAGCGGACCGAGGCCCUGACCCACAUCCUUACCCACCCGUCCCACUCGCCGUCGCUCCACUCGCAGCUCUUCCUCGCCUCCCGCGUCCCGUGCCCGGGCUCCACCGCGUCGUACCCGCCCUUCCUCUGCCCCGGCGCCUCGCUCCUCCGCUGGGCGCUCGCCUCCGUCUUCCUCCCGCGCGCGGCGCGCCUCGGCCUCCCGCCCUCGUCCUGGCGGUCCCGGUGCCCCUUCCAGCUCCCGCCGCCGCUCGUGCCCUCGGCGGCCAUCGAGCCGGCGCCCGAGCGGUGGGGCGACGCCGAGCUCGCGGCGUACGCGCGCCGGCGGCGGGCGCGGAGGGGCCCGCUGACGACGCGGCCGCCGAUGUCCGUGGCGGGCGUGCUGUUCACCACCGUGCCCAGCGUCGCGAUCGUCGUCGCCGUCGUAAGGGAGCUCUUCUGGGUCCGGCCCAACCGCAUCUGAGGUGACUUUGAGGAUGCUGGAUCAGGAUUCAGGAAGCACAGGGAUCUCGGCAGCUCCAUAAAAAACCUGGGCCUAUUUAUGGAUGCCUGGGGGCACCAGAGGGCCACGGACACGGACCAUUCGAGGCCCUUCAUGCCAAAGGAAGCCUCCUCGUGGACCACCACCAGCAAAUCAGGAGUCACUCGGUGUUGUUCCUGUAUCACGAAUCCUUUCUUCUUUCCAUCAGGCCUGCUAGAAAACAAGUUCCAGAAGGAUUAUCAUCCAAUUUGUUGGGGGAUGCCAAUGUUCUUGACUCCAAUCCACGGCGACAUUGGCUGAAAUGUCAUUGUGAAGAAUGUUUCUGGCUCAAUGUUACAUCGGAUGAUAUGUGCUGCUUA